AUGUUUGUCUACCGUUGUAUCCAGAAAGAGUCGUUUGCCGAAGAACUCGCCCUCUUAAAACGAGCCCGAUCCCGAUCGCCUGACGGAAAGAGUCGGACCCUCAAACCCACCAGCAAACUUUCGCAGCUAUCUCCGUUCAUUGAUGAUCGCGGCGUUCUCCGGAUGGAGUCCAGAAUAAGUGUGGCCGCCUUCGUAUCCUAUGAUACCCGAAAUCCAAUAAUAUUACCACCUGAAAGCCGAGCAACGCAUCUCUUAGUGCAUGAGAUGCACAAGAAAUAUCUGCACCAAAAUCACGAGACGGUCGUCAACGAGAUCCGGCAGAAGUUUCACGUGUCACGCCUGAAGUCGCUGGUUCGUCGAUUAUCAAAAGAUUGCCUUCACUGCCGGGUGUAUAAAGCUGUCCCGAGUGUUCCCCGUAUGGCGCCUCUACCUGCCGCACGUCUUGGUGCGUUCUUUCGGCCUUUCUCCUUUGUAGGGCUUGAUUUUUUUGGUCCGAUGCUAGUUCGAGUAGGGCGCUCUACCGUCAAGCGCUGGGUGGCCCUCUUCACCUGUUUAACCAUCAGGGCGGUGCAUUUGGAGGUGGUUCAUUCUCUAACGACGAUGUCCUGUAAGAUGGCGGUGCGGCGUUUCGUUGGCCGGAGGGGGUCUCCGGUCGAGAUCUACUCCGACAACGGGACCAACUUCUGUGGAGCCAGGAACGAGCUGAUGAAGGAUUGGGACGAGAUCAACCAUCACUUAGCCAACUCAUUCACGAACUCGAAGACCAAAUGGCGAUUAAACCCCCCAUCGGCACCCCACAUGGGAGGAGCAUGGGAGCGGCUCGUCAGGUCCGUCAAAGUUGCCUUUUAUGCGAUGAGCACUACGAAGACCCCCAAUGAAGAGACAUUUGCUACGUUGAUUGUUGAAGCUGAAGCCAUCGUCAAUUCGAGACCACUGACUUUCGUUUCCCUCGAAAAUGAUUCCCAAGAAGCGCUCACACCCAACCACUUUAUGCUGCUGAGUUCGAGUGGAACGGUUCAACCUCCCAAAGAAACUCUGGAACCUAAAUUAGCAACAAGAGACGACUGGAAUUUGAAUCGCCAUCUUGCGGAUAUGUUUUGGCAUCGUUGGGUGAAGGAAUACUUGCCGGUGAUAGCCCGACGCACUAAAUGGUUUUCCGAGACGAAGGUGUUGGAAUGCGGAGAUCUGGUAGUUGUGGUGGAUGAAACUCUUCGAAAUGGUUGGCUGAGAGGACGAGUGACAGAAGUACGAACAGGUGCAGACGGACGAGUGCGCCAAGCUGUGGUGCAAACAUCUUCAGGGAUUGUUACGAGACCGGUAGCAAAGAUAGCGGUUUUAGAUCUCUGUACUCGUAAGCCGUCGAUGGAUACCUUGCCUUACGGGAGGGGGGAUGUUACCGCUGCUUUGAACGGUCCCUCUGAUCAUUCUCGUACCCCUCGAUUGACAGAACAGAAUGACAGAAAUUGA